GCGACAUGUGCCUACAGUUGUUGGUGAUACUGUUGGGCGUCGGGCUGGCCUCGACCGCCAGCCAACACGGGAAUAUUGAGGGUUCUGUGUGGGAGUACAUCGUGGUGGGGUCGGGCGCGGCCGGCAGCGCCGUCGCCGGGCGGCUGGCGCACGCCGGCCGCUCCGUGCUGCUCGUCGAGGCCGGGGACGAACCCGGACUCAUGUCCAAGAUCCCCGGCGCCGCUCUGAUGUUGGUCGGGACCGAGAUGGACUGGGCCUACCGGACGCUCCCCAACAACGAAUCGUGUCUCGCUCUCGACGGCGAGUACUGCCGCUUCGUCCGCGGCAAGGCCCUCGGCGGCAGCACCAGCAUCAACCUGAUGAUGUACUCGCGCGGCAACAGGCGCGACUUCGACUUCGACGUCCCCGGCUGGUCGUGGGACGACAUGAUGCCCUACUUCCUGCGCGCCGAGAGACUGAAAAGACCGCCGAAUUUACCCGAGUCCUCCGUGCCGUACCACAACUUCUCCGGUGCGAUUCCGAUAGAGAACUUCGUCGACUCCGGCCACCCGUGGCACCCGAGGCUGAUCGAGGGGUUCCGGGCCCUGAACUUCCCGUGGAACCCGGACGUGAAUGCCGCGUCGCAGAUCGGCGUCUCGCAGAUCCCCGGCUACGUGUCCAACGGCGAGCGAGUGACCGCGGCACGGGCAUACCUCGCCGGCGAUAGAGUGCUGAAACAUCUGAAAGUGCUGAAAAAUACGCAGUGUGUAAAAGUUAUAAUCGACGAGAACGACGUCGCUCGGGGGGUGACCGUCCUGCACAAGCAGAAGAGAGUUUUCGACGUGUUCGCGAAGCGCGAGGUCAUCUUGAGCGCGGGAGCGAUAGGGACGCCUCACAUUCUGAUGUUAUCUGGAGUCGGACCGAGGCGGCACCUGGAGCGGUUCAACAUAACGGUGAGGUCAGAUCUACCCGUCGGUGAGAACAUGUCGGAUCACGUGGUAGCGUUGGCGAUGGUGCUGGUCGACCACGACUCGCGCAGCAUGAGCGAUAUCACGAUGUUGAUAGACAAGAGUCUGCAGAUGGCGCAGUGGAUGGUUACCAGGAGCGGACCGCUGGCGACCGUCGGCCUGGGGGACGUCACCGCAUUCUUCAACUCGAAAUGCUACGACUUCGAGAGAAAAAAGCUCCACAACCGGAGCGCGGAUUGCGAGAUACCGACCGUGCAGACGGUGUUCUCCUACAUGGACAAGGGCGCCGUGGAGUUGCUCGGCGGCGUGGUGGACCGCAUCAUACCCUACAAGCCCGACGUCCGGCGGCAGCUGUUCGAGGCGAACGCGCGCAGCGGUGUGAUGGCGGCGUCGCCGGUGCUGCUGCGGCCGGCAUCGCGCGGGCGCGUGCGGCUGGCUAGCGCCGACCCCGCCGCGCCACCCGAGAUCCUGUCCGACUUCCUGCGCGAGCGACAGGACGCGGCCGAGCUGGGUCGCGCGCUGCGCGUCGUGCAGGACCUGGUGGACACGCCGGCGUUCGCGGGGCGCGGGGCGCGGCUUCUGCGGCUGCGGUUCCCGGGCUGCGUCCGGGACUACUGGGAUUGCUACGUGCGGCAUAUGACGCUGGCGUCGCACCACGCGGUGGGCACGGCGGCGCUGGGGGCGGUGGUGGACGACAGGCUCAGGGUCCGCGGUGUCAGGGGGCUGCGCGUGGCGGACGCGUCGGUGCUGCCGCUGCUGCCGCGCGGCAACACGGCGGCCGCCGUUGUGGCUGUCGGGGAGAGGCUCGCCGACUUCCUACUGGCGGGCGCCUGAUGACGCGACGUCGUUUGGCGACGCUACAGGUUACAAACAUCAGUUACUAAGGCCGUUAUCAUACUAGCGAUUAGCGAGCAGCUUUGGGGCUGAGCGGUCGCGCAACAAAAACGUGUCGCUUGUACAGCUAUACUCAACCUGCGGCCCACGUAAAGUUAAAAUUCACGCCCAUCGGCAAAAUAGUGCAAAGUCUUCGUGAAAGUCGUUGAUUUUUUUAAUCCACUUUUAAAUCGUUAAUUUAGAAAAACUUUAUUUUUUCUAAUCUUCGCAUUUUGGUUGUUUAAUAUCUUGGUUGCUAAUUUUUUUCUGUUCCUAGGUUAGUGAAUAAAACAAUUCACAAAUUA